CGCUGGACUUGACUUCGGUUGUAGGAAUGGCGGCUAUGAUCACUGUAGGAAGGGACUACAGACCCUGAAACUUUACUUCUAGCGGCCCACACAGGAAUUUCGUUGAAUAGAAACGCAGGGCAGCCAUCCUACUGCGGGAACCGGGGGGACAAGUGCUUUUCUUUACCAAGCCCAGCCGACAUCCGCAGUGGGGGAGCGGGCGCACUUUCCGACCCACAGUUAGCUCAUUCUGGAGCAGCUGACUUUGAUUCAAGGUAGCUUUAGCUCCUCGCUGCUGCUCCACUAGCCACCACCAGUCUACCUACAAGUUCACAAGUGAUCUACCACAGCGGGGCAUCCCUUAUUUGCAUGCCUAUGAGGUGGGUCGUUGUCUUUACUGACGGAUACAGUGGCGUGCUUGGACAAGAAGUCAACACUUUUAUUCACCGCGAACCUUAGCUAGUCAACUCAAGGCUAGCUAAGUUGAGAAGUCUCGCCCAUUUUUGGAUCCUGCCCCGGCCACUGGCUAAGGGCUAAUCAACAGGGAUAUCCGCAGGUUUUGGAGCUCGUUUGGUACUACAAUGGAAAGCCUAACCUUGAGUGAUGUUGAGCAGAAGUAUUACUCGGAUCUGUUUGUCUAUUGCGACACGGACAACACCAAAAAAGUGGCUUCAAACGGGAGAGUUCUUGACCUUUUCCGGGCGGCCCAGCUCCCCAGUGAAGUUGUCCUGCAGAUCACAGAGCUGUGUGGAGCCACUCGACUGGGGCACUUCGGCAGGAGCCAGUUCUACAUCGCUCUGAAGCUAAUCGCCAUCGCGCAGUCAGGCCUCCCCCUCAGGGUGGAGAGCCUCAACUCGGUAAAGGACCUCCCGUUGCCACGGUUUGUUGUUGGUAAGAACGAGGCCGAGGCGAGACAUGCCGCUCUGUACCAGGACACUGAUGGUCAGGGCCUGUACCCCGGCUCCGCAACAUCUGUAAUACCACGACCUCCAGGCAGGGGGCACCAAAACAAGAAAGGACCCCCCACUUCCACCUCUCUGCCUGUUCACGAAGUCAUCCAACCCCAUGGGCCGCCUUCAAUAGAGACACAGCCUGAAGCAACGUCCCCGGUGGUCUCCCCCCACCACUCUCCCCCCACCUCGCCUCUGUCCUGGAGGAAACACAAGCGACAGCACAGCGGGGGCAAUAUAGACAGACAGCAGCCAGUGCCCACUGCAGCAGGAGCAGUGUGGACACAGUUCAGAGAGCCACAACCAGUGGCUGUCACAGGUCCGGUCCCUGGAGACGGCAUCUGGUCGUCCCACUCUCCCCCACUUCCCAGUCAGGAGAGCUGGGUUAGUUUCACCGCAGACACACCCCCCUCCAGCGCCAUGCCUGCCAUACACCCCUCGUCAGUCCAGGAAAGCACAACAAUACGCACAGUGGCCUCAGCAGCAACGACCAAUGAAAUCCACCGACAGUCCAGUGCCUACGACGACCCCUGGAAAAUCACAGAGGAGCAGAGACAGUAUUAUAUCAACCAGUUCAAAACCAUUCAGCCCGAUCUAACGGGAUUCAUACCAGGUUCAGCCGCUAAAGAGUUUUUCACCAAAUCCAAACUACCCAUUUUAGAGUUGUCACAUAUUUGGGAGCUGUCAGACUUUGAUAAAGACGGAGCGUUGACCUUGGAUGAGUUUUGCGCGGCCUUCCACCUCGUCGUGGCCAGAAAGAACGGUUAUGACCUCCCAGAGAAACUGCCCGAGAGCCUAAUGCCAAAGCUCAUAGACCUGGAUGACUCAGCAGAGGUCCCAGAGCCAACUGCAGAUGUUGGAUACUCGGCUUCGCCAGUUGAGGUGACCCCCAACAAGUCUCCAUCGAUGCCUUCCCUCAACCAGGCCUGGCCUGAGAUGAAUCAGAGCAAUGAGCAGUGGGAGACGUUUAGCGAGCGCUCCUCCAGCUCACAAACUCUGACCCAAUUUGACUCUAAUAUUGCACCAGCUGACCCUGACACAGCCAUAGUCCACCCUGUCCCCAUCCGGAUGACCCCCAGUAAAAUCCACAUGCAGGAAAUGGAGCUGAAGAGAACGGGCAGCGAUCAUAACCACCCUACCAGUCCACUUUUGGCCAAACCUCCAGAACUGAAUGAAGAAACCAAAUUAACUGCAUCUAUGAAGUUUGUAGCAGCCAAUCCUGUCGGUGAUGGUUAUAGCAGCUCUGAUUCCUUUACGUCAGACCAGGAGCCUAUCACAAGACAAAGGUCUCAGUCGGGUAACUCCCCGGAGGCACUGAAGGUGGUGGCCCCUCCCCCUCCGCCCCCUCGGCCACACGCUUCUCACUCACGCUCCUCGUCUCUGGACAUGAACCGCACUUUUGCCGCUGCCUCCGCCCCAGGACAACAGCAGGCCAACGCUACAGCUUUCCCCCCCGCCGUGCCUCCAAGACCCCUGCCCACACAGUCCUCAGUCCCACACACUGGUCACCGUGGUGACACAGACUCGGGCGGGGCUUCCCUCACUACCACAUCUCCACAGCAAAUCCCGCAGCAGCCAAACUUUGCAGACUUCAGCCAAUUCCAGGCCUUUGCUGCAUCAGAACAGCCGUCCAGUUUACCAGAGGUGGACAAGCACGCUGAGCCCGGACCCGUGGAUAAAACGUCAGAAGGAGCUGGUCCAUUGAGAACGGUUAAAAGUGAUGGUCCUGCAGACGAAAGAACCACUGCCACUGUGAACUCUGCCAAAGGUGUUUCUGGUCCCAUAGCGCCUCCUCCCAAACCAGUGCGCAGGAGGUUAAAAUCUGAAGAUGAGCUCAGACCGGAGGACGAGCAGCACGGCCCACAGAAGGCCAACGUCAUAGCUGCUGUUUUAGCCACACAGCCCUCCAUCCCCAGGUCCGUUGGAAAGGACAAAAAGGCAAUCCAGGCAUCAAUCAGAAGAAACAAGGAGACAAAUACAGUGCUGGCCAGGCUCAACAGUGAACUUCAACAGCAGCUCAAGGACCUGUUGGAGGAGCGGAUAUCUCUGGAGGUGCAGCUGGAGCAACUCAGACCCUUCUCUCACCUUUAGCUGUUGUGAGGCUCCGUCUGCUGUAGUCUAUCCCAAACAAGAGACCCUUGUUGUGAUUCCCCUUAAAAAUCCGUCCCUGCUGUCCUCCCGGGCCAUACGAUACACGUCCCUCCAUUGAACUCAAUCACGCACUUCUUCAAUCAUCAACCCAAAGGACCCGGCAGCACUGUCGUACAGCCGAUGGGGACGCCUUGGGAGGGGAUUUCGCAGACAAGACAAAAAACUGGCACUUUCUGGCUUCUCACAAGAGGAGAAGUGAAGGAAAAGAGAAAGCAAAAGUCCUAGCUGAGAAUGAACUGGUUACUUAAUGCCUGAACGACCGAAGAAGACAGAGGCUACAUGAACGAAACACAAUAACAUCUUAACAAUCAAAACCGUGUCUGUAGAUUAUAGUAGCAUAAAUGGUGAUACAAGUUAGGCACACAAAAUUUUGUCGCCAUAAAUCUCACACAGAUUUUUGUUUUAAAUUUCAUAUAGUCUGAUCACAUUUCCAUAUUGCAAAGUUUAGGAAGUGUUCACGAAAUACCACUUACAAACCGCAAAUACAAGAACAGUAUAUUUUGAAAUGAAAAACGGUAGAUGGGACUGUUAGCCUAUAUUAAUUAAAUCAUAGAAUAUGUCAAAUUUCAGGCCACCUUUUUGGAUGCCUUUUUGGAGUCAGUGUUCGUACGAUGGUUGGAGUUGUGCCGUCUUAACCAUGUCUGGAGAUACAGGAGUAGUGACUGAAUCUUCACUAAAUGCCAAAUGACUGAACUUUUCACUCUCGCCUCUACGCCGACUGUGUUUCAUUUCUACCGUUUCUUUACUUACUGGUGUGGAGCGUUACGGAUUUAACAUGAUACAGUAUUUCAACACUUGAUUUCAUUUGAAGGAAGCUUGACCAGUCAGGCAUAACAUAAUGACCAUACGGUUGAUAUGAAAGUAUAAAAUGUGACUGUUUUAGUUCAAUAUUUCAGUGAGGUCUACUUCUCCCCACCCACUCCACCUACUGGUCAGCCUCCGUCGUGUUCUGAAUGAGUGACAGGCAGAUUUAACCAAUAAGAGUUGAGGUAUGAACGGUUUAAAGCAAUAUAAAGCUGCUAAAUAUACAAGUUAAAAUUGACAUGACACUUUGUAAUAACUACACUUUAAUUAGCCUUAAUGAAGCCAAACCCCUAAUUCUAACCCCUUAAUUAAAAGCCCUAUAUUACGAUAUUUUCGGAGCCAUUUUAUAAUUUUUCCUCAUCAAAAACAUACCCAGAGUUGUGUUUUGUUUCAUUUACACAUGUUUUAGCACACAAUCAUCAUUAUGUAUUAAGUCUUUGUUCAUGUUGAAAGCUAAUUAAGCUGUAGUUAUUAUAAAUUUGUAAAAGUAGACAAUUAUGUUAUGCCUGGUAGGUAUGAAGUGUUGUGUUACCCGUAUUACCAACUUGUGAAGGGUUUUUGAUAUAGCCAUUUCCAGUCCGGCUCUAUGCAAAGGCGAGUGCUCUCCGUAGACCAAUCCGCUGGCUCAUCGUAGCAUCUCUGUGAAUUUUGUAUCUCUGCUCUUCCACUAAUGCAUCACUAUACUGUCGAUCUCUGCGUCGUCUCGCCUUCGUUGCCGUGGCUUCCUGCUCCAAACAGGAAGCACCUCUCUUAAUCAGUGUUGGUUAUCAGGGCAGUUUUAACCCAAUAGGCAAGAUACGACCCCAUAACGGUUGUAGAUGAAGCUUAAAGAAAGAGUCUAGUCAAUGUAAGGGGGGACCUGAAUAACCCCACUGCACUUUGAACUUUGAACUUUUCCCAGUCUUCUUUUUUUUGGUGUCCUUGCUUUGAUAUUUUAACCUGCAUGUGCUCGUCUUACCUACAUUUAAAAUUACGCUUCAUGAUACCGUACAGUCUUUGAGCAAAAUUAGAAUGUGGUACAAAAUUUUAGCAAUUCAAUUCAAAAUACUUCAAAAUUCCACAUUUUAGACUUUUGCAUUUCUUGUACUGAAAUGUUGAAUAAGUUGCGUUCACGUUUUUGAAUUUGAUGAUUCAUAAUUUCAGUUGGAGGGUAGGGGUUUAUAUAAGAGAAAUAUCCAAAAAUACUCUUCACAAAUGUUGAACUUUAUCUUAUGACUUAAAGUUCUUUCAGCUGCCAAUUCAAGUCUUAAAUCACUUGUUUAUUUAUAAUAACUGUGAAGAUGUUGUGGUUAGGCUCGGUGAUUAGAGAUAUUAACCAAAAAGCAGGUCAACAAUCUAUAAUCUGAGCAACAGAAACUUCUUCUUCUGUUGUGACUUGACGAGAAUGCAGCCUUUGAACCACUUAUAUUUUUUUCUCUAUUUUCUAAUUCUUUCCUGUAGGACUGUAUUGUUCCAGUUGCCUAGUCUCUCCUGGGUUCAUUUUUCAACCUGUUUUAUCUGGAUCCGAAGCAUCCAUCUUGAAAGCCUUACUCCCCUCUUUCCAAACGUGCCCUUCAGGUGCCCUCUGUACUUUGGACUGCUCUUUUCCUCUUUGGACGUAUCAAGACUCGCCUUCUGUUCUUCUGCUGUAUGAGGGUGUAUUGUGUGUGCGUGUGUGAAUUUGCGUGCGUUAAAAUCUCAGACCGGGACCAACCAAAACUGAAAAUCCUAUUGAAAAUGAUGAGGAUUGAUGUAUGUUUGCGAGCACGCGCAAUCCGAACCUUAUAUGGCAAUCGAGUCUCCUGUAGGAUUUUGACUGGAGAGUGGUCCCAGGUCUUUCGUGUAAAUUGUAUAUGGAAACACACUUUUUGGACUCCUGUAAAUUUGCAUUAAUUGCUGACUAAUGGCGAAAGAUGAAUAUUCUAUUUAAUUGCUCCUCUGUUCCGCUGUGGGCUCUCGAUGUAAAACUGCAUGGAUGUACUGUAUCUCUGCAGAGACAACUAGCAGCUGUGUGAUUUUUACACAAAAAUAAAAACGGCACAAUAUUUUAAA